CCGCCCAUUAUCUACUUCUUUUUCUUGCUAACCCUUGUUGUGUGUUCUACAAUGCCUGAGCCAGCAAAGUCCGCUCCCGCGCCCAAAAAGGGCUCCAAGAAAGCGGUCACCAAAGCCCAGAAGAAGGAUGGCAAGAAGCGCAAGCGCAGCCGUAAAGAGAGCUAUUCCAUCUACGUGUACAAGGUGCUCAAGCAGGUGCACCCCGACACGGGCAUCUCGUCCAAGGCCAUGGGCAUCAUGAACUCCUUUGUUAAUGACAUCUUCGAGCGCAUCGCGGGUGAGGCGUCUCGUUUGGCUCAUUACAACAAGCGCUCAACCAUCACGUCCCGGGAGAUCCAGACGGCCGUGCGCCUGCUGCUGCCGGGCGAGCUGGCCAAGCACGCCGUGUCCGAGGGCACCAAGGCCGUCACCAAGUACACCAGCUCCAAGUGAGUCCCUGCUGGGACGCGGCGCUCCUACGAGCCGCCGGCUGCUUAAGUG